UCCCGCGCGGCGUCUGCCGGCGCUGCGACGAGCCGUCGGCGGUGCGCGCGCCCGUGAAGACGCUGAGCUGCUCCAUCUGCUUCGACGAGGUCCACGCGGACUUCCUCGCGUCGCUCGGCGCGUGCGGCCACACGCUCUGCGCGUCCUGCUCCAUCGGCUACGUGCGCAACGCGCUCGGCGACGUCGAGGCCAACGUCACGAAGGAGGGCAUCCGCUGCCCGCUCCACGUCGCGGGCUGCGCGUCCUUCGUGACGCAGGACGUCGUCGAGACGCUCGUCGCGCGGGACAUCCGCGACGACAUGCGCGGCGACUGCCUGCCGCUCGCGUCCGAGGAGUACGACCGCCUCGCGCGGUUCCUCGACGAAGCGCACGUCGCCAAGGCGGAGCGCUUCUACUGCUGCCACCCGACGUGCGGGCGGCUCUUCGCGGUGCCGCACCGCGACGUCCUGGCGAAGUCGACGCGCGACCUGCUCAACGACGAGGUCGUCCACGUCGCCGACGCGGCGGACGCGGCGGACGCGGGCGACGUCGAGCUCGCGGGCGUCGGCGAGCCCGCGCGCACGCCCCGGAGCAGCUCCGCGCUCCUCGGGUCCCUCUCCGACUCGCUCCGGGGCCGCAUCGAGGCCGAGCCGCCCUUCGCCACGUGCCCCUACUGCGAGCGGGCCUCCUGCGUGCGCUGCAAGGUGCCCGCGCACCGCCUCGUCCAGUGCUCGGACGUCGCGACCGGCGGCGACGGCGACGCGCUCACCGCGGCGUUCGUGAGCGCCACGUCCAAGGCCUGCCCGCGCUGCGGCUUCCGCAUCACGCACUCCCACGGCCACGCCUGCCACCACAUCAAGCCCGGGAGCGGCUGCCCGAACUGCGGCCACCACUUCUGCUACGCGUGCCUCGCGCCCGGCAUCGUCCCGCCGGGGCCGUCGUCCGUCGACGACAUCGAGGGCUGGCGGGCGACGGGGGGCGCGCCGUAA